AUGCCUUUCUCGUCAACCAUAGCACGUCCACUGCAGCUGGGAUCUCGUGCUAUGCAAUGGGCUAGCUCCGUCAUUGUCAUGGGCUUGACUGCACACUUCAUCCAUCAUGGACCCCGCGGCCAACACAUCCUAUACCAGGAAGUCAUCGCUGUUCUCUCAGUAGUCUUCUUCCUCCCUGGUUUCAUAUCUCCCUUCUUGCCCAAGGCACUGGGCAGAUUUGUCCUUGGUAUCGACAUUGUCUUCUCCUACCUCUGGUUGACCUCAUUCAUCUUCUCUGCCCAAGAUUACAGCACAAGAGCAUGCUACUUCACUUCCCCAUCUGGAGUCGGUUGCACCCGCAAGAAGGCUAACGAGGCCUUCAUCUUCUUGGCAUUUAUCUUCACCUUCUUCGGCAUGUUCCUUGAAGUUGCUGCCCUCUGGGCCUAUCGCAAAGAAAACACCCACACCACCCACCAGCCUACUGUCUCCGACAAGGAGGCCGGCCCCCGUCAGCCACUUGAUGCGCCAGCUGCUACCCCCGCAGCUAUCUAA